AUGGUUGGAGAGCAGGGAAAUCGGACAUCCGGGCCUAGAAACACUGCGUCCCGUUCAGUACCAAACAGUUACUGGUGGAAACGAAUUCACAAUUUAAAUGCGCGGUCAGGAGUGCAAGAAGUCAGUGAUGGCCUUAACUGUGCAGAGAAAUUUAGCUCGUUAGUGUCUUGUCACCGAGGAUAUGGAUCUGUGGCAUUUUAUGCCGUUUUUUCUUUGUUUAUUUUGACAUUCUUGUACGCGAUUUGGAAAAUCGUUAGCGCUCACUCUCGCUCCACACGGAGGCCUGGUUCGAGUAACUCUACAUCAACAACUAAGUUAGGUCCCACGCCGUAUGCCCUCACGGGCUAUCCCGCAGCUCAUCCUUGGAUGACAACAGAAAGCAUAACGGAACAUUUUCAUCAAAAUGUAAAGAAACUUCACCCCUCGCAAAACGAGGCUCCGCAACAGAGGCCUUCGUCUCCAAUUUAUUUUCCUUCACCAAAUAACGAGCAUGAAAAAAUUACAUCUGUUACCAACAAUGACGAUCCUUUAAUUGGAGGGAAUGUUGCGCUCAGGAACCUUUUACCAACUUUGCCUUCUCCAGCGAGGGCGACAAAACGCUUCAAUAACUAUUACCAAGGAGCAUUCAAUAGUAUUCAGCCAGCGUUAAAUUACCCAUCAGAACAAUACCCCGCUGUUUUUAAUCCAAUUCUACCUACAGUUCGUUAUCCGAAAGCUUAUUAUCUUUAUUCUCGGUCUCCAAUACCGGGGGGUGUGAUGGAAAAUCAAAAUUAUCCAAUUGAAACCAAGGUUUCCCGCCCACUUCCAUAUAGCAGCAAUUCCGUCGGAAUUUUAAACGAUAAGCCAGCCGUGUCGUCAUAUCCUGUGGAACCUAAUGUCUCCUACAUAACCCCCUAUUACUUUCCUUCAAACAAGAAUUCUAUGACCAGAAGUUCCUUCAGCAACGGUUAUUAUGGAGAGAGCCCCUUCAUGAGUAAUUUCGUUGGAGCAGAAACUACUCCAUCCCCUCUCAUUUCCUUCCUUAAAGGAAGUUCUAGCAAAGUCAGUUUAUCACCACGACAAUCAAGUCAUACCGAGGAAGGGAGGAAGAAGCCUCGAAGAAAAAACAGAAGACAUAAGAAAAGGAAACAGAGUCGCCCUUUCAGAAAACACUCGGAAUUCGAAGAAAUUCAGGAUAUUGAAGAGGAAAGCAACAGAGCCUCGAAUAAAGCUUCCUCACCAAGACGUCAUAAAAUUGAAGUUGAGAGGAAAGCGGGAAAGCAAACCAAGGAGCGUUAUGGCACACGAAAAUUGGGUAAGGGUCGUCAUAAUGGUUCGACAAGUAGAGGAGUGCGUCAUAGAUCACAUAUCCUUGCAUCAAGACGAGUGCACACUUCAUCGGAAAUUAAAGUUUAUCACACUUAUCAUGGAUUGGAAAAGAAAGCACAACAUAAGAGACGUCAAGACACAUCAAACAAGUAUAGAAGGACAAAUAUUCCACAUCCACAGAUAACUGUGCAGACCGGUCACUCAAGGCGUUCGCAUUAUCAAUUCAGAAAGAAGGAUCAUGCAAUUCAUCGUCAUUCAAAAGGGUUAGGCGGACACCACGUCACACAUGAGCGGCAUGGGAAAAUUUUGGAUUUCAAGCAAUACCAUCGGUACAGAAAGCAUCAUUCUCUUGGUGACGAAAUUCGAGGUAAAUGGCAUAUUAGUAGGCAUCGCGUUAAAACGUGUAAUGUUAUUGAUACUUUUGCAACUCGCGGAACCGUGAAAAUUACAAGGGCUGUGGGUCACAAAAAGCAGUAUUUGCACACAUUACUCGCAUGUCGACCUGUAAGGUUGAGAGUAAGGCAUAGAAACCAUCAACGGACGUUUUCCGUCAAAUAUGCUCAGCUGUGCAGUAAAAGGUGGUACGUGACUAAAGGUGUUAUCCACAUUCAGAAAACAGUUUCCAAUGAAAUAGAAAUUCCACGAUAUAACGUGCGUAUUUGUGACCCUUCUUAUGCGCAUGCCAUGAACCUUCUGCCUACCAAAGAGAAAGAAACCAAGGUUUGGGGUUUAUCCCAAGAAUUUCUUCGUAAAGUGGAGAAAGAGGAUGAGAGAAAAUUCAAAUUAAGCUCUUCAUCUUCGACGCGUGGUCACAAAAAAAAGAAAAAGAGAGUAAAGUCGUGGCAACACAGCAAAAAGAAAAGCUUCAGAUCAAAUAAGACUCGCAACUCCAUCAAAAAGCCAAGAGAGUACCACAAAGUAGAGACAAAGCGGAAAAUACAUCAUCAUAGAGUGCACAAAAAAAGUCACCACCUGAAACGUAAAUCAGAGAAAAGACACAGUGGAAAGAAGAAGAAACAUAACAGGAAAGUCAAGGGUGGUUUGGAAAUGAAAAACAACAAGCUUUCAUCCAAGAGAGGCGAAGAACACGUUCAAAAUCCCGAUAAACUAUUCUAUGGAAAGCUUUUACGAGUUCUUAAACUUGCCAGGACGUAUGAGAGGAAAAAGGAAAACAAAACAAAUAGCGAUGAUGUUUUUGAUUCUCUUGAAGCUGUUCUUACGCAAAAUAGAAAUGUAGACAACAACUCCAUCAGAAGUGAUAACUCGACAUCAAAGAUAAAUCAUGCAAAAGAAAAUAAUGUAACCAAACACAAUGAGAGGGAUGGAGACCCAGCAGGACAACCAAAAAAUCGCCAAAAGGAUAGUAAGGUCAACAUUCAAAGGCUGUUGGCCAAAGUACUUCCUGCAGUAGUAGCUAAAAUCAUCAACGCUGAUCAUGACGUCGGGGAAUCAGAGGCCACUGAGGUAAAGACUAAACCAACACAGAGCACAACUACAGAAAAGACGACGACAAAAAAGCCUAUACCAACGAAUAAGAUUACCACCCCAGCGAAGAAUUCAUUAGGGGAAAAAAGCAUGCAAGACAUCGUGAAACGCAUUUUGCCACUCCUGCUUCAGAGGGCUGGCAAAAAAACAACAAAGCAGGCACAAGGGAUCAAAUCGAAGCAUAAGACAAAAGAGCCAUCAUUUCCACCAAAACGAACAUCUCCUAAACCCAAGAAAAUAAUGGUCAGGACAAGUUUGACGAAUAUUUUAUCAAAGUUAGGCAUAGGCAACUUAGAUUCAAAUAGCCUGAGCAGCACAGUUCUUGCAAAAACAACAAGUUUUAUUCCGAAACCUCCAUUGAAGUCAAAGCCGAAAUCAACUGCUGUUCCGUUGAAGACUACUGUGAUAACGACGAUUCCACCCCAGUCACCAUACACACCACUAACGCCUACUCUUACAACCCAACUACCUCCAACCCUUAGAGAACCGGACAUUGGCCGAUCAUCAUUUCGUCCAACGAUGGAGCAGUUCUUUCCCCCACAUGAAAAUUCACAGAUUUCCCCAGUAGGACCUCCAUCUGUCUCUCAGUCAGAACCUUCAUCUGUUCAGUCACCAGGGUCUUUACCAGCAUCCUCUCCGAUAUCUUUUUCUCCUCGAAGGUCAGAUCCUUACUCGCGAAACAUUUUAUGUUUUGGAGAUAGUUUGACUAGUGGCUUUUUCAACCACGGGCGAAAUUUCCACCCCUACAGUCAACGACUCAGUCAACUACUGAAUUCUGAUGGUAGACUGAAGUAUUACGUCAAAACGAGUGGAAAAGUGCGUGAAAUGGCACAUGGCAGCAUGACCAAGCGCUUACCACAAGUAUUGGGAAACAGCUCACGAUUUGAUUGGGUAAUCAUUCUGGGUGGAACUAAUGACGUAGCACAUGUUAAGAAUUUUGGAGACGAUGAUUCAUUUAUGACUCAGCUAAUUAACGUGUGGCAGCCACGAAUUGCACGUGAUAUUGAAAUGCUCCAUGAAACUGCACACCGGUACGGUGCGCGAACCCUCCUUUUAACCAUUCCGGAAACGGCUUACGAAGCUUGGCCUAGUUUUAAGACCUUGUGGGUUAUGCGUAAUAGACUAAACGAAGACUUGCGAAAGUAUGCGCUUAGAUCACAAGGAAAUGUAGUGCUGUGUGAUUUGGCUGCUAAGUUUCCGAGACAUUCGCUUCCGCCUCAAACCCAAGCUCUUUUGUGGAAUGAUCAUCUUCAUCCUACCGCUUAUGGCUAUGACAAGAUGGCUGAGAUAGUAUACCAGUGCUUAAAACCGUACCUACAUUGAUAUAUAUCUGACAAGAGGAUGAGAAAUGUUUUUCUAAGGCAAUUUAGGCGACUCGUGGUGUUUGUUAAUAACAUAAACAUAGGGCGAGAAAACAUUUUGCCCUUGGUAGUAUUUCCAGUGUUUUGUAUUUUUACAUUUUUUUAACCUCAAAGUACAUAAAACAAUUUCCAUUUUGAUUUUUUAAAAUUAUUUUAUUGAUAUAUUCAGUGUUAGCUUGAUAGCUCUCAGUUAUCGAUACAUUACUCGUACGAUUCCUUUUAUGGCCGUAUUAAGUACUUCAACGGUGAGUAACUUUACGACGUUAAGAAUUAGAUGUGUAAACACUUCAUACGGACAUUUAAUACAAUUAAACCUUUUUUCCUACUGAAAAGUGUGCCAUCUGUCAUUGUCCGUACAUUAUCAAAGUAUAAUCUUAUUUGUCCUCGAACGACAAAUCAAUAAAACCUAAUUAGAUUUAUUUUUUAAGAACUAAGUUCAUUUUUUAGGAUGUUGUUUUUUCCCACUUUAUGAUUCUGUAGUGAAAUAACAUCAAAUAUCACCUAUCCAUUCUAGAGACAUAUAAAUUUGCGCAAGAUUUCCUCCACUUUCUUAAAAACUCAGUUUAUUGAUAAAAACGAAUCGAUAUGGCCAUGAUGUGGCGAUUCUGUUUAAGGAUUCGUGAAGCAACCCUCCAGAAUGGUCAUAAAUUAACGUACAGUGCGAAGAUAUGAAGCGAAAUCAUGUGUCGAUGGAGAUUUCUUUACCGUUUUUAACAUCACCAGGAUUUUAGCAGCCAUAAUCCUUAAACACGAUUUGUCAGGUACUUUGAACAAUCUAUGUCAGGUUCUCUCUAGUAAUCAAACUCUGUCAUGCGUUACCAAGUACCAGUCGACAAUUUAAAACAGUAUUACACGCAAUUGUUGGAUGUCUCCGCAAAGGAAUGAACUGUUCUUGUCAGUAAGCUGUGAUUUUGGAUGGAUUCUCAUCCGUUAUCAGAAAAGAAGGAAAGCUAUAAUCGAAGUUAUAUGUUAAAAUAAGACACAGUAGGGUCUCUUCAUUAUCUGAACCAGUAUCGAAGAGCGCUCUUGAGAUUCAAGGCAAGGAAACCAUUUACGACGUCCAUGGAUUCAUUCAGUUCUAAUUUGAUAGACUGAGCUCUCGAGGUAAAUAAUACAAUCUAGGAAACCUUUGAAAUUCAUGACGGAUGAGUGCAGCAAGAUUAAGUAGCAAGAAAAGUUUUCAUCCUGGCAUGGAUAAAGGACUUUGGCUCUCAAAAGCAUUUUACACGUCAUUUUAUGUGGCUAUUGGGGCACUGUUUCCGUACCUACCAGUUUAUUUCAAACAGCUGAGAUUAUCUUCCCAUCAAAACGGAAUCCUUAUUGGUAUUCGUCCACUGAUUCAGUUUUGCGUAACUCCUCUGUGGGGCGCAUGCGCAGAUAGGUUUUGCAAAAGCAAGGUUAUAUUUCUGAUGUCGGUAUUAGGUUGGUUAGUGUCAAAUUUCUUAUUGUCAUUAGUUCCAACUACUGAUGAACCUCAGUGGUGUAAACUUUACAACAAUAACAACAGCAAGUACAAUGAUUAUAACGAUGGUGAUGACAGAGAAAUUUCAUUGCCGAACAGUCGCACAUCCUCACUUAAAUUUACUGGGAACUUUUCCGAUUCAAACACUGUUACUCGUCAGCAAACAAGAAAACACGAUUUUUUUUCCAGAGUGUCGCCGUAUCUUGACACAACUGUACCGUUCUUACCUAUAACAUUUAAAGAUCUGAAGACUGUUUAUAACGUUACUUUACACAACCAUGGCAAAGAAGCGGAAGCCCUGAGGAUCAAUGACGACUGGAAAGAUCAGCUGGAAGUGGCAUCAUCAGAGCCUUCAGCCACAAAGCCUCCUCAAGAUUUUUCAAACGCAAUAGCAACAGAGAAUGAGUACGUUGAAUGUGACUCCAAGGAAUUUCUAUUCUUGUUACUUGUAACUAUAAUUGGUACGGCGAUUGCAGCUCCAGCCCAAGCAUUUGCAGAUACUGUAACGCUUCAAACUCUUAACGGUGAAUCUCAUAAGUAUGGUCGAGUAAGACUCUGGGGAUCUCUGGGUUGGGGCAUUGGAGGAUUUUCUGUCGGAGCUGCUGUCAGCGCGAAUUAUCGUACGAAUCGUUGUGGUGAGACUGUCAUCAACUACAUGCCUUGUUUUUACGUUUAUGCGGUGGCAAUGAGUGUGGCGUUUGUAUGCGCAACUCAAUUUCAGUUUGAUCAGCCUUUUAUCAAAGAUGAGCAAGAAGUAAAUGUCGCAGGUGGCUCAGAAACUCCAAAAAUUCUCCAAGGGCUCAAGGUUUUUCGUAAUCCUCAAUUCUGUUUUGUCAUGUUCAUCGCGUUUUUUUGCGGUUCAGCUACGGGAUUUAUAGAAACGUUUCUAUUUUGGUAUCUUCACGAAUUAGGGGGAGGACAGUUAUUAUUCAGCGUGAUGAACGGGCUAAACUGUGCGGCAGAAGUGUGUGUGUUUUUUGUGACGGACAAGCUGCUCAGUUUUCUUGGACACAUCAAUGUUAUCUAUGUCGCGUUAUUUUGCUACUCUAUUCGUUUCAUUUACUUCUACUCCGUGAAAAGUCCCUGGGCAGUUUUACCUGCGGAAUUACUCCAAGGAAUUACCACCGCAGCAUUCUGGUCAUCGUGUGUUUCUUACGUUGGGUUGCAUCCCGGAGCACCAAACACAGUUCAAGGAAUUCUAAAUGGAGUUUACAUGGGACUUGGUUUCGCAUCUGGUGGGUUUAUAGGAGGAUUUCUUGUACAAUUCGCCGAAAUGAAAACUUUGUUUCUUUUGUACGCUCUUAUAAGCUUUUGUAUCCUCAUAAUGUUUGUUGUUUUAAACAAGAUCAAAUCAAAAACAUAA